AUGGUGUUCCAAAAUGUAAAAUUAAGGAACAACAACAUUACAAGAACGUCUUUUUUACUAUUUGUCGAGGCUGAAAAUCCAUUCUAUUCUAGAAUAACUGAAAGACCACCAAAAUAUUCUGCAAGUGACCAUGCUUUGAUACCUGCAAUUUAUGUUUUUGGAGAUUCAACUGCCGAUGUUGGAAAUAACGAUUAUCUGAAUUCAAAAGCAAAAGCAGUUUGGCCUUAUGGUGUUGACAAUAAUAAUGCAACGGGUCGAUUCAGUAACGGCAAAGUUUCAGUUGACUUUCUUGCUACUUAUUUGGGUUUACCAAUGGCUCCUGCAUACUUAAGUCUCUCAGAAGAUCAAAGAAGUCAAAUAGUUACCGGCAUAAACUACGCUUCAGCAUCGUGUGGAAUCUUGAACACAACCGGAAUGGGAGAAUGUUUGUGUCUCACAAAACAAGUCGAGUACUUCACUUUAACUGCAACACAAGAUCUUCCCAAAGCAAUAAACGAUGAAGAGGAAUUAAGUGAACACCUCGGCAAAUCCAUAUUCGUGUUCUUCAUUGGCAAUAAUGAUUUCAAUCCUCAAGUGAAUGGUAAUCUCACAGCCAAAAUGACUUACGAACAAUUAUCAGAUAUUCUCCUUGACGAAAUCACGACACAAAUGAAGAAAAUUUAUGAUCUUGGAGCAAGAAAGUUUGUGGUAUCAAGCCUUUCAGUUUGUCCACCACAUUAUUAUAACCUAUCAGCAGGAUGUGGAAACAGAUAUUAUGCAGAUAAGCUUCCAGGUAGGCUUGAAGGCUUAAAAGACAAUGGUCUCACUGGCUUCGAGUUUACAGUAUUUGAUGGAUACGAAAUACUUGGAAGGGUUUAUCAACAUCCAGAUGAAUUUGGAUUCACACACGUAGGUGUACCUUGCUAUAACCACGAGAGUAAAACACUUUGUCCUGAUAGAUCAAAGUACAAUCAAUUCGACAGAUUUGGCCAUCAAACUGAAGCCUCACAUGAGAUUGCAGCAUGGGAUUGUUUCAAAGGAACUUCAUGCUCUCCUUACAAUCUAUUGGAAUUAAUCGAGGCAGAUUAA